CCUCUCUCUCUCUCACUGUUUCUCUUCCUCCUUCCUCAGAGAUAGGGUUUCUGCCGCCGGAGAGGGGCGUUGCAGCUCAUUCCCGGAGCAAGAUUCCUUGAACUUAGAAUGAAGGCAGCUUCGAAGCGAGUCAAACGAGUAGAUGAUGAUAGUGAAAGCGGCUCAGGAGCCGAGAGCAAUCCAGAAAGCGAGAUGGAAUUGGAUCCUGCGCAAUUGAAAGUGGAUGAUGAUGAUGAUGAUGGCAAUGAUGAUGCAAGUGAGAGUUUCUCUGAAGGAGAGAGCAAUCAAGAAAGUGAAAUGGAGGGAGAGGAUGAUGGAAGUGACGCGGAGCACACUGAGGGACAGAGAGAUGCAGAGAUGGAUGAGCUUGAAAAGGAGUACCUCAGUCUUCGCAAUGAGGAGCAAAAUCUUUUGAAGAGUUUGAAGCGUCAUAAGGAUGAAGAUGCUCUAAAAGGACAAGCAGUAAAGAAUCAAAAGGCUCUCUGGGACCGAACCUUGGAGGUCAGGUUCUUGCUGCACAAAGCAUUUUCAAGUUCAAAUAGACUGCCACAGGAACCUAUUAGAUCCUUAUUUCACAAUUCUGAUGCGGUGGUUACUCAAGCAUAUUCGGACCUGAUAUUGUCAUCCAAGCAGACACUGAAUUGUAUGUUGGAGCUACAGGAGGCUUUGAUUGAGCAAAACCCUUCAAUUGUUCAAGGGACAGAUGGAAACAGCAAAGAAUCUUGUAAGGAUGAAGAUUGCUCUAAUAAUUUGAAGGGAGAGGAAGAUGAGGAGUGGCUACAAAUACACAGAAUGCAUCAAAGAAUAGCACAAUUCAGGAAUAACUCGGUAGACAAAUGGCAGAGGAAGACACAGGUGACAACUGGUGCAGCUGCUUUUAAAGGCAAAUUGCAUGCCUUUAAUCAGAACAUAAGUGAGCAAGUAGCUGGUUACAUGAGGGAUCCGAGCAGAAUGAUUAAGAGAAUGCAAAUAAUGAGGUCUUCUGUUGGCAUGUUUGGAAAAGUUCCUGAGGAGUUUGAAAGUAGAAAAGAUGAGGAUGGGAAUGUGGAUGGAGAUCCUGAACUUCUCGAUGACUCUGAAUUUUACCAGCAACUCCUGAAGGAAUUCUUAGAGUCAUGCAAUCUUGCAUCAUCUGAGACAGCAUUUUAUGCUUUGAAAAGAUUGCAGCCUAAGAAACGCAAGGUAGUUGACCGUCGUGCUUCUAAGAGCCGCAAGAUAAGGUACAAUGUUCAUGAAAAGAUUGUUAAUUUCAUGGCUCCAGUGCCGGCGGUUCUUCCUCCUAUGGCCCCAAAAUUAUUUGAUAACUUAUUUGGCAUGGGAAAUCAGAAGUCAGCCACUGUAGUUUAAUCUAGCUGUGGGGAAUGCCAUGAGAUGCAGCAAUCAUUAAAAUUGCAGUACUUGUACCUCUCUCUAGGAAGUGUGGUGCUGCAAUUUGUAAAAUAUAGAUCUGUAAUAAAUUUAAUUAUUUCUAGGAUGCUGUCAUUGGCAACUAGUUUUGCUUCUGUGCUAUGAUCUGUGUUUGAACCAAUCUCUCAUGCAGACAUUCAAAUACGUCAGACAACAUAUCCAACUGAUA